CCUUUUUUCUCUAGACUUUCUUUUUCUACUUUUUUUCGUAAUCUUCACAAACUGCCAUGUUUAUUGUCAAUUGGUUUUGGGACGUCUUGGCCUCGCUGGGGCUUAUGAAUAAAAACGCCAAGAUUUUAUUCUUGGGUCUGGAUAAUGCUGGCAAGACCACACUGUUGCACAUGUUGAAAAACGACCGUCUUGCUACUUUGCAACCCACACUUCAUCCCACUUCGGAGGAGUUGGCUAUCGGCAACGUCAAGUUCACCACAUAUGACUUGGGAGGCCAUCAGCAAGCACGUCGAUUGUGGAGAGACUACUUCCCCGAAGUUUCGGGUAUUGUAUUUUUGGUCGACGCAGCUGACCAUCAACGUUUCCCAGAAGCCAAAGCAGAAUUGGAUGCGUUACUUGCUAUUGAACAACUUUCCAAGGUCCCAUUUUUGAUACUUGGCAACAAGAUCGAUGCGCCAGGUGCUGUCAGUGAAGAAGGUCUCCGACAGCAGCUGGGUAUGUUCCAAACCACUGGCAAGGGUAAAGUGCCAUUGAAUGAUAUCCGACCUAUUGAAAUGUUCAUGUGCUCUGUGGUGAUGAGACAAGGAUACGGAGAUGGAUUCCGUUGGUUAUCGCAAUAUGUAUAAACCAUGUGUCAUCCCAUGAUUAAAAAAACUUCAUAAACUUUUUCUUUUUCUUGCAAUCAAAAAUUAUUCAUAAUCGAAGAAAAGAAAAAUCAUGUUGGUAUUUUUUUUUGGUUUGUUUACCCGUACGUAAGCUUCAAAGAUGAAAAAGAAGAGAAAGACCAGAGAAUGCAUGCAAAAACCGGAGUUUAGGCCGGACGUCGAAAAAUUGAGCAGUGCGUUG